AUGAUUCUGUCCACCAUGAUUCUGUCCACCAUCAUGCUGACUCUCCGCUUCUCACUGAACGUAGGCGGCCCAUCAAAGGCGCUUCGCAUGCAAUCACAGCUUCUCGCUCGCAACAGCUUCCACUCCACCGCCCGCAUCCGCGCAGCUGCCAAACCAAAGGUCCUUCUCCUCGAUCAGAUCAAGCUAGCAACCAGGGAACUCAACCAACUCUCCAAAGUCGCUAUCCUCGUCGAAUCAACAGCGAAAAGCCGACAAGAGCUCAUGGAAAAGUUCAAAAGUGGUGGCGAGUACUCGGAGGUAGUCGGCAUCUAUCGUCACUUUGGAGGCGCCCGCUCGGUCAAGAUUACGGGUGCUUUCGAUCGGGAACUCGUCUCGCAACUCCCCAGGAGCUUGCGAUAUAUCGUACACAACGGUGCCGGAUAUGAUCAGCUUGACAUUCAAGCGCUAUCGCAUAGGAAUGUUCAGGUGUCAAAUGUGCCCACUGCGGUAGACGAUGCUACAUCAGAUGUCGCGCUCUACCUCUUGCUUGGGGCUCUGCGGAGGUUCCCUCUAGCCAAGGCACAGAUGAAUGAGGGCAAGUUCAAUUCAGCAUUCCCCUUUUUGGAAGCGAGAGAUCCAAGGGGGAAAACACUCGGUCUUGUUGGAGCUGGAGGAAUUGGUCGUGCGUUUGCCUACAAAGCAUCGCAUGCGCUCGGGAUCAAGGUUAUCUACCACAACCGCAACCGUCUGGACAAGGAUGUCGAAGCGCAAGCAGCACGAGGCGGAAUGCAGUACGUCAACUCGCUCAACGAGCUGUUGCAGCAGUCUGACAUUGUAUCGCUCCACUGCCCCCUAACACCCGCUACUAAGGGUCUCAUCGGCAGGAAACAGCUCGAGAUGAUGAAAAAGGACGCUAUCCUCCUCAACACAGCACGUGGACCCAUAGUUAAGGAAGAAGAACUAGCACGAGCUCUGCAGCAAGGUCUUAUCGCCGGUGCAGGUCUAGACGUGUUCGAAGCCGAGCCAAAGAUGCAUGAUAAACUCCUGGCACUGAAAGAUAGCAAAGUCGAACUCCUCCCCCACGUAGGCACACUAACACUGGAGACGCAGACAAAGAUGGAAGCGCUUUGUUUGAGGAACCUCAUCAAGGCACUUGAAACGGGCAAGCUUGGCUUCACUGUUCCUGAGCAAAGCCAAGUUGAGUUCAAGUAG